UGACAACUGCAAGUUGAACAAUGAGCUUUGCGGAAUUUUACUUUAAUGUGGACAACGGUUACCUGGAAGGUUUGGUCAGAGGGUUUAAAGGUGGGAUCCUGAAACAGGCAGAUUUCCUCAACUUGGUGCAGUGUCAGACUCUGGAAGACCUGAAGCUCCAUCUCCAGAGCACGGACUAUGGUAGUUUUUUGUCCAAUGAAACUGGUCCUCUCACUGUAUCAGUAAUUGACGAUAAACUGAAACAGAAACUGCUGCUGGAAUUUGUCUACCUGAGGAAUCAUGCAUUGCAGCCACUCACCACCUUCCUGGAUUACAUCACGUAUAGCUACAUGAUUGACAACGUUAUCCUGUUGAUUACGGGCACAUUGCGCCAGCGUCCAAUUUCUGAACUCCUUCCUAAAUGCCAUCCCUUGGGCAGCUUCGAACAGAUGGAAGCCGUUCAUAUUGCCCAGACUCCUGCUGAACUCUAUAAUGCCAUCCUGGUUGACACACCACUAGCUUCCUUCUUUCAAGACUGCAUCUCAGAGAAUGACCUUGACGAAGUCAAUAUUGAAAUAUUACGAAACAAACUUUACAAGGCUUAUCUCGAAUCGUUUUACAGCUUCUGUAAAGAGCAGGGUGGGCAGACUGAACAGGUGAUGUGUCCCAUUCUGGAGUUUGAAGCUGACCGCCGUGCAUUUAUCAUCACCCUGAACUCUUUUGGCACUGAGCUGAGCAGAGAGGACCGGUCUGCACUAUACCCAUGCUGUGGCCGGCUGCAUCCUGAUGGUUUGGCUCUCUUGUCCAAUGCCGAAGAUUUUGAGCAUGUGCGUGCAGUUGCUGAAUAUUAUGCGGAAUAUAAAUAUUUGUUUGAAGGUGCGGGGAAGAAUUCUAAUGAGAAGACCCUUGAGGACAAGUUCUUUGAAUAUGAGGUGAAGCUCAACGUGCUGGCAUUUGAUAGUCAGUUUCACUUUGGUGUGUUUCAUGCUUACAUGAAGCUGAAGGAGCAGGAGUGUCGGAACAUUGUGUGGAUCGCAGAGUGUAUUGCUCAGAGGCAUCGUGCUCGCAUCGACAACUACAUCCCCAUACUCUAACUGCACAGCCACAUAGAUAGGAGCAGUGCUAAUGUUACCAACUCCUGUAACAUGUACUAAGUAACUGAUCCUCAAUAACCAGUUGCGGUAACUUGCCUGAGUAACCACCCCUCCCAAUAAACCUCAAGUAAUAUGCUUUUUGCUCAUCACAUAAUUUGUCCCCAAUAAUCAACCUUUAAUCAUUUGCUGGUUUCCAUGAUCAAUUCAGUGAAAGUGGUUCCAGACUGAAGAUCAAGCACCAACAUGAUUGGAGAUGUGCAAUCCUAAUAAUAAGCUCUGUCAAUAUUCUGUCUGGUUUAUUGUAUUCUGCAAUGUUACUGCAAUCAGAAUGAUUUGUUGUUCCAGAUUAUAAUAUUGGAUUAUAUCUACUCAGCUACUGGCAUUUAAUUAAAAAUGAGAGUUAAUCCUUGUGCACAAACCAUUAAAAUAAUUAAUUCAUAUCUACUUUUUGAAUUCUGUACAAAGUAACACAAAAUAUGUCAGUGUCAUAAUAGUAGUGUCACAUAAUAGUGUCAGGGUCUGGUCAUUGGGACUGUCACACUGCCUGGUCACACUAUAUAUUGGGACUGUCAUAGUGCCCCAUUGAUACUGUGUAAUGGGAUUGUCAUAUUUCCCAAUCUGUGUCAAGGUAGGACAUUUCAACAAUGGAUGAAA